GCCUUGUGAGUCUCGAGUGGUCGGACGACUGAAGAAGAGUCAUGUCGUCCAAUAACUACAGCAGCGAGGACAACUCGGCGGACAGGAACGUCGAGAUAUGGAAGAUCAAGAAACUGAUUAAGAGCCUCGAGAUGGCAAGAGGGAACGGCACCAGCAUGAUCUCGCUCAUCAUUCCGCCCAGGGACCAGAUUUCCCGGGUCAGCAAAAUGCUGGCCGACGAGUUUGGUACUGCGUCCAACAUCAAGUCGCGUGUCAACCGUUUGUCCGUGCUCGGCGCCAUCACUUCUGUCCAGCACCGACUCAAGCUCUACACCAAAGUGCCACCGAACGGGCUUGUUAUCUAUUGCGGCACCAUCGUCACAGAAGAGGGAAAAGAGAAGAAGGUCAACAUUGACUUCGAGCCUUUUAAACCUAUCAACACCUCCCUCUACUUGUGCGAUAACAAGUUCCACACGGAAGCACUGACUGCCCUUUUGGCGGAUGAUAAUAAGUUUGGGUUCAUUGUCAUGGACGGAAACGGCGCCCUUUUCGGCACCCUCCAGGGCAACACACGCGAAGUCCUCCACAAGUUUACCGUCGACUUGCCUAAGAAGCACGGAAGAGGAGGUCAGUCUGCCCUUCGUUUUGCGCGUUUGAGAAUGGAAAAAAGACACAACUACGUGCGGAAAGUUGCUGAAGUUGCGGUGACGCUUUUCCUGCCUGGUGACAAACCGAACAUUGCUGGCCUCAUUUUAGCGGGUAGUGCAGACUUCAAAACUGAGCUUAGCCAAUCAGACAUGUUUGACACCAGAUUGCAAGGCAAGGUUAUCAAACUGGUGGACGUAUCUUACGGAGGCGAAAACGGUUUCAACCAAGCCAUCGAACUUGCGGCAGAAUCUCUGCACAAUGUCAAAUUUAUCCAAGAGAAGAAACUGAUUGGUCGGUACUUUGAUGAAAUUAGCCAAGACACCGGUAAAUACUGUUUCGGAGUUGAAGACACCCUGCGAGCUCUCGAGCUGGGCAGCGUAGAGAUUCUUAUUUGCUGGGAGAACUUAGACAUUCAACGCUAUGUGCUCAAAAAUCAUACGUCCUCUGAAGAGAAGAUUCUGCACCUGACACCUGAGCAGGAGAAGGACAAGUCUCACUUCACUGACAAGGAGACUGGUGUGGAGCUGGAACUGGUUGAGUGCCAACCUCUGCUUGAGUGGCUUGCCAACAACUACAAGAGUUUUGGUGCCACCCUCGAAAUUAUCACUGACAAGUCGCAAGAAGGCUCUCAGUUUGUCAGAGGAUUUGGUGGCAUUGGAGGAAUUCUUCGCUACAAAGUUGACUUCCAGUCACUUCAGGCCGAUGAGCCGUUGGAUGAUGUCGAUCUUGACGAGUAUUAACCUGCUUGAACAUGGCCAGGUUUGCUCCGCUACAAGGUGGACUUCCAGUGUAUGCAGCUGGACGAUAUGGACGAAGACCUCUACGACCUGGAAGACUACUGAACUAAGAAACCAAGACCGUUGUCUGCGGACUCAAAGUGAUAUCGAUUUCAGAAUAAGUUCGUUGAGUUGCCUUCAUACGGUCAAAUUCAACAGCACACACACACCAACCAACUACCCACUUUUCUCCUUUGAAUGUGCGUCAGUGCUUGCUUUUGAACCAAAUUGGUUACUUCUGGUUUUUUACAUAGACACUACCAAUUUGUAUUUCUGAAAAUGAAAGCCAUUUUGUUGUGCGCGAUUGAGAAAUAGAUUUUACAAGAGCACUGCAGCCUGGUUGACCACAGCCUCUAAAAGCAUGUUAUAAGAACGUUGAUUGUAACUAUUAUUCCUAUUAUAAUUUUGUGCAGUUCAUCAUCAAAAGUCUUAAAGGAGUAUUUGCAAUUGUAUAUCAAAUAAAAAAUGGGAUAUUCAGAAA